AUGCCCUUUCUCUACCAGCGCAUCUCCUCGACCUCCCCCAUCACCGCCCUCAUAGCUACAAAGUCGCCAAACACGACCUUCACUAUCCUUCACCUUGACGGAACUACAGAUUGGAACGUCGCCCAGCGCAAUGCGCUCCUCGCAUGGACAGGCCAUACCCUCAGCAUCGCACCGCGCAUACAACGAGGGCUGUCGUUGGCACACUGGGGCAAUUCGCACCUCACAGGCCGGGGUCUGGCUGCGCUUGCCGCGCCGGGACAGAUCUAUUCAGUUACUCUUGGAGAAGGGGAGGAGCUGGUGGUGCACCCCAGUCAUGUGGUUGCAUACUCUGUAAAUCGAAACCCACCGCUGCCCUUCCGCCUCAAGAGCUCGAGCCUCCGUCUGCAGAUACCAUCGAUACCGCCGAGACUCGUGCCCGAGGGUCUGAGUCGAUUCUGGAAGGCGAUGCGCGAUACAGAUACCUACAAGUUUCUCGCUAGACUACUCUUCGGCCUGCGAACAACGGCGCGCAAGUCGAUCUGGGGCGAUCGCCUCUUCCUGCAAUUCAAGGGGCCCACAACAAUCCUCAUGUCGAGCAGAGGAGUUCGCGUGAGUGAUGUUUUAGCCAAGGAAGAUGUCAAUGAGAUUGCGGAUUCGGAGGCCGGCGUGGUGCCGAAGGCGGUGGAGCUCGCCGUGUCGCCGAAGAAGCUCGACGCGGGCAGUGCAGGCCAGGGGGCGCCAUCAAGCGCGGCCGACAAGCCUGUAGCAAUCCACGUUGCCACGGUUGGCAAGGACGGGAAAGUUCGUUUUGAGGAAUCAAAAGACCUGAAGGAUUUCGUCCAUUGA